CGUGUCCAUGAUGGUGACUCGCAAAACGUCUUGAAUAUUCAUUCUAACCUGAAACCGUGAAUGAUCGCAGAGAGAAUCGUGUUUUACUUUGCCGUAUUUAUUUAAAAAAUAUCUAAAAAGUAAAAUGCCGGAAACAAAGACAGAAACGAAACCGAUCAAAGAUAUGAAGAAUGGAAAGGAAGACGAUAAAAAUGACCUAUCAGAGGAAGAUAAACUUCUACAGGAAGAAUUAACUCUGCUCGUAGAGCGUCUGCAGGAUGCCAAUACUAAACUGUAUCAUCCUGCUCUAGAAUCUUUGCGUUCACAUAUUCGUGCGUCAACAACAUCAAUGACUAGUGUUCCAAAACCAUUGAAAUUUAUGCGGCCUCACUAUGAUACUAUGAAGAAUAUCUAUGAGAAGAUGACUAAUGUGAAAUGUAAAGAAUUAUGUUCUGACAUUAUCUCUGUCCUCGCAAUGACCAUGGGUGAAGGUCGAGAGUGUUUGAAGUAUAGGCUCACAGGCUCCGCAUUAGCAAUUGGUGAAUGGGGACAUGAAUAUGUUAGACAUUUGUCAGGAGAGUUGGCAGGAGAAUGGGAUGAGGUUACGGGUGAUAAUGUCGAGGCGACAAACAAGAAACUGAUUGCUUUGGUACAUGAGAUUGUCCCCUAUAACAUGGCACACAAUGCGGAAACAGAGGCGUGUGAUCUGUUAAUGGAGAUCGAAAGACUUGAUCUACUAGAACAAUACGUCGACGAAAGCGCGUAUCAACGAGUAUGUCUCUAUCUUACAAGCUGCGUGCCAUAUGUGGCUGAUCCAGAGAACAGCACUCUUCUUCAUGUCGCUUGUAAAUUAUAUCGAAAAUUUGGACAAUAUCCACAAGCAAUUAGACUAGCGAUGCAAUUGAAUGAUUUACCUCUCAUUGAAUCAAUCUUCACAAAUUGUAGGGAUCUUUCUGUGCAAAAGCAAUUGGCUUUUAUGCUUGGUCGCCAGCAGAUCUUUCUGGAGUUACAUGAGGCUACAGUAGAAGACGACGAUCUAUUCGAAAUAAUGUCCAAUUCCCACUUAAACAAUCACUUUCUGAACUUAGCACGAGAGUUAGAUAUAAUGGAACCCAAGACACCAGAGGAUGUCUAUAAAUCCCACUUAGAAAAUUCACGACCGCCGUUUGGCGGUGGUCAGGUCGACUCAGCGCGUCAGAAUCUUGCGGCGAGUUUUGUCAACGGUUUCGUAAAUGCUGCAUUUGGUCACGACAAACUAUUGAUCGAGGAUGGUAACAAGUGGCUGUACAAGAAUAAAGAGCAUGGUAUGUUAAGUGCGACUGCAUCUCUAGGUCUAAUCCUGCUAUGGGAUGUGGACGGCGGUCUUACUCCAAUUGACAAGUACCUGUACUCAUCGGAAGACUACAUCAAAUCCGGUGCUCUGCUAGCUUGUGGCAUUGUCAAUUGCGGCGUGAGAAACGAGUGUGAUCCCGCCUUGGCUCUGCUGUCCGAUUACGUGUUGCACAGCAGCAAUACCAUGCGUAUCGGCGCCAUCGUCGGCCUCGGUAUCGCGUACGCCGGUUCUAACCGGGAAGCUGUACUGGGUCUGCUGACGCCAGUCCUCAGUGACACCAAAUCGAGUUGGGAAGUGCUUGGUAUGACUGGUCUGGCAUUAGGAAUGGUCGCUGCCGGCUCUUGUAACGCUUAUGUCACUACAGCGAUCAUGCAUACAUUGAUGGACAAGUCGGAAUCCGAUCUCAAAGAUACAUAUGCGCGAUUUCUGGCACUCGGUCUAGGAUUAUGUUUCCUGGGAAAGCAGGAGGCUGCAGAAGCGAUCAUAGCAGCUCUGGAAAUCGUUCACGAGCCAUUUAGAUCGAUGUCGACGACGUUGGUGGAAGUGUGCGCCUACGCUGGCACAGGGAACGUCCUCAAGAUUCAACACCUGUUGCACAUCUGUUCAGAGCACUAUGAGCCGAGCAACGAGAAGGAGGAAAAGAGUGAUCGCAAGGACAAGGAAAAGAAGGAGGAGAAGAAAGAAGAUAAGGAGAAGGAUCUCAGUUCUAGACAGGCUAUUGCUGUCCUCGGCAUCGCUUUGAUCGCUAUGGGAGAGGAGAUCGGCGCCGAGAUGGCAUACAGGACCUUCGGUCAUCUAUUGCGUUACUGCGAGCCCGUGAUUCGUCGUUCAGUACCUCUCGCUCUAGGUCUCAUCUCGGUGUCGAAUCCGAAAUUAAAUAUUCUAGACACAUUGUCCAAGUUCUCACACGACAGCGACUCUGAAGUGGCACAUAAUGCGAUAUUCGCCAUGGGCCUGGUCGGUGCUGGUACAAAUAACGCACGAUUGGCUGCUAUGUUGAGGCAAUUGGCUCAGUUUCACGCAAAAGACCCCAACAAUCUCUUCAUGGUGCGCAUCGCACAAGGUUUGACGCAUCUAGGUAAAGGUACGCUUACUCUAUCGCCUUAUCACAGCGAUAGGCAGCUGCUCAGUCCUGUUGCUCUCGCCGGUCUUCUAUCGACAUUGAUUGGUUUUUUGGAUGUGAAAAACAUUAUCCUUGGACGCUCACACUACUUGCUGUAUACGCUAGCUGCUGCGAUGCAGCCUAGAAUGUUGGUGACUUUCGAUGAAGACCUGAAUCCGCUGGCCGUACCAGUGAGAGUCGGUCUCGCUGUCGAUGUUGUCGGCCAAGCGGGCAAACCGAAAACUAUCACAGGCUUCCAGACACACACCACUCCAGUAUUACUGGCAUAUGGUGAGAGAGCAGAACUUGCCACCGAGGAAUACAUACCAUUGACGCCAAUCAUGGAGGGUUUUGUAAUUUUAAGAAAAAAUCCGGAUUUUAUACCUUAAUCAUCGUAAUAUUUUGUUUUCAAUGGUCAAUACGCUUCAUAUUAAACUUCACUUAUAAGACAGA